AUGGCCCUGAUUCUCCUCUUUGGCGAGCCACGAGCGAUUCUAAGUGAGCACGAACCUGUUCAGCUUUCAGCUCACAGGUUCCUCACUUUGAAUCUCCCGGGUACAGAUCCUUGUUUGUACGUCGAGGAAAUAUCGGUCAUUGAGUUGUCGUACUCCUUGUGCAUUCUUUCCCUCCUCUCCUUUCUCAAACAGCUCCCCUUGGCCUUGUCUUUCAGAUUCCACCGCUUCGGAACACCACCAUCUCGUUUCACCUCGAACGUCCCUACAUCAACCUCACCUUCGAAGGCGACAUUCGGCUAUAGAAGCUUCCUCCUCGCCAGAAACCUCCCUCUUCUCUACAUCUAUCUGGAUUCUACAUUGCCUCCGGGAAAUCGCCCAUCUUCCAAAUCUCGACCCACGGUCCAUACCCUCUUCCCUUCUGCCACUCAGCACAACUCGAGCGGACAGGACCUCAAUCCACUAUUUUCGGCAUACAUUCUUCUUGUCAACCAUUUGGAUACCCGCUUGUGCCAUAAGCACUUCAAUCACCGGUCACCAUUCGCCAUCUUCGGCUGCAUAAGACCUUUCUCCAGUCUCGGCAUCAUAGCCAUGCCGGAAACUAUCCAUGAACCACUCGACCCCCGUACUUCAAAGAACGAGUUACAAAGGACCAUGGUUUUCGUUCCAGGAGACAAACUGGCAGUUUACACCAUAGAGGAGGGACACCUCCGCGCUGUCUCCAAGUUCUUUGAACCAACUCAGAACCGCCUACUCCCAGAGCCGGAAAGGCAAUGGAUCUUCCUGGACGAGCACGAUUCUCACACCUUCAAACUCUUUGUCCACUGGCUCUAUUCCGGUACACUCCCCGUCGUGAGCAAAGACAAAGAUGAUGACGGAGAACGCGAAUACCUGGAACUUGCAAAGGCAUGGGCUCUCGGCAACGACUUGAAAUGUGCUAGAUUCCAGAACAUUGUUAUCGAUGCUCUCAGCGCCAGACGAGCCCAAGAUUAUGAUCAGCGUCGGGGUCAUCCCCUGAUCGAAACGGUGGAAUACGUCUAUAGCCACACGGAAGAAGACUCUCAACUCCGCAGCUUGAUGAUCAGCAUCUAUGCUCAGGAAGAUGCCACCAACCGCAUCUCACGCUGGAAGGAUAGGGGCCGUAUUCCACACGCUUUCCUUGCCGAGCUUGCGGAUGAGCUCACCGAGUGCUUGUAUAACCCCAACGAUGAAUUGCCGGAAGCCGAAAUUUUUUAUGUCUCACCAUAG